GUCAGAGGAGAGUGAGACCUGGCAGCAUGGAGUGUAUAAAAAACCUGGUUGCCACCAUCAAUGAAGCUGAUUACAGAGACUCUGUCAAACUUAAGAGGAUUCUUCAGCAUUACCCUUCCAAGAAAGAAGGUUUCUGCUACAGCGUGAGAGGAGACUUCAAAGUACUGGACCAACUGUCGGAGGAUCUGUUAGCGGUGGAGCGUCACUUCACGCCUGACACACGUCAGUGUGACAGACGCGCGUCAGCGCCGGUCAGACGUGUGGACGCGCCCGCGUUUGUCAUGGAAUACAUUCAGCAGAGACGUGCAGGAGAGCUGGACAGAAUCACAGGAGACAGAUUUAUUAUAGAAGCACAGCCACAGCAACGCAGUCACCCGCACAGCACAGUGCAGGUGACCAUAAGACCACGCCCCUUCUCCACGACCAGCCCCGCCCACGCUGACCACGUCAGACAGAGGUUCAUCACGCUGUACCAGAGAACUGCAGCCGACCUGCAGCUCGCGACGCUCUGUGUGAGUGAACGUGAGCUGCAGGAGCUGCAGAGGACGUUUCCACAGCUGCUCUUUAAACCCAGCCACAAACAUGAAGUCACUGUGAUCGGACCUUUUGUGUACGUCGCUAGAUUACAAGAGAUUCUCUCAACACACGAAACACCAGAGCCGAGCAGGAGGGCAGCGAGAGAAGGUCCUGAAGACGAGUCGUGUCCCAUCUGCAUGGAAACGAUCAAAAGAGGCGAGAAAGAGACUCUGCCGUGCAAACACUGCUUCUGCAGAGACUGUCUUCAAAGAGCGUUCCACUACAAGCCUGUGUGUCCCACCUGUGGACGAGUGUACGGCACUUUGACUGGGACGCAGCCUGAGGGAGGAAGAAUGACUCACACCACAAUCUCAUCGUCAUCGUUGCCUGGAUACGACAAAUAUGGAACCAUCAUUAUCCAGUAUCGCAUUCCGGCUGGGAUCCAAACGGCGGAGCAUCCCAACUGUGGUCAGCCGUACGACGGCGUGACGCGCACGGCGUAUCUCCCCGACUCGUCGGAGGGCCGGAGGAUUCUGACGCUGUUGAAACGAGCCUUUGAUCAGAGACUCAUCUUCACCGUGGGUCGCUCCACCACCAGCGGCAGGAACAACGCGCUCACAUGGAACGACAUCCACCACAAAACCUCAACGUGUGGAGGACCAACCCGCUACGGUUACCCGGACCCCGACUACCUGAGUCGAGUGGCAGAUGAACUGAGAGCCAAAGGAAUUGAAUGAGUCACUGAACACAUUUGUGUCAGUGUGAUGAAGGACAUUCAUAACUACACCGUAAAUCACCAACUAUAGCUUUUGUUUGUAUUAAGGUAGUAGUGUUGUAAUCAAUAUGAUUUAUCAUAUAGUCUGGUUGACUUGUAAACACAACAUAGAGGUUAAAAGUAUUUUAUUAAACCACAGUUCUAUUUAUUAAUGGUCAGUUUGUUUCUAUAAAGGACUUUUCUACACUUAA